CGUUUCAUUCAUAAAAGCGACAGUGACCAUGUAAACAAAAUAAAUUCGUAAGUAUUCUUAUCGAAAACGAAGGUUCUACUGAUAAAAUCCAGUGAGGAUUCGUUAAAUCCGAAGUGAUCCUACGAUUUCAGAAUAACGAAGGUUUGUUUAAAAAAAAAUGUACAAUGAAAUUACAUUUUUAGUGAUAAUAAUAUACGUAUUGGCGGAGCUGAAAGGUAUUGAUUGUUCUGUUGGCGAUACUUAUCCAACAUAUCGGUCGUGUGUGACAGAAUGCACGAAAAGCACCUGUGAAAGUGAUGGUAUCAGCUAUGUAUCUACCAUACGGAUUAAAUGGUACUUGAGGCUGUUAUGGAACUGUCGCGAUAAUUGCGAGUAUGAAUGUAUAUGGCCCAUGGUUAGAAUUUGUUUGAAGAAAGGAUGGGAAAUUCCUCAAUUUAGUGGAAAAUGGCCAUUUAUACGAUGGUUAGGGAUGCAGGAACCAGCAUCGGUGAUAUUUUCCAUUCUAAACUUAAUCAGUAGCAUUUAUAUGUACAAUCAGUUUCGUAAAGCGGUCCGAACUCCAUUCACUAUGUACUGGAUUUGGACGGUAUACGCUGGUGUCUCUUCAAAUGCGUGGAUUUGGUCUGUGGUGUUUCACAUUCGUGAUAUUCCAUUUACAGAACGUAUGGAUUAUAUCAGUGCAUCAACAUUGGUAUAUUAUACGUUUUACGCGUUUGGUUACAGGAUGAUUAUUUUUCAAAAACUGUUUACCAAAGUUCUAUUUGUGUGUGGCUGCUUAUUUUUUUUCGUACAACAUACAUUGCAUUUAAUCAUGAAACCUUUCGACUAUCAUUAUAAUUUCGACACGCUAGUAUUUGUCGGAAUAUUAACAGGUGUAACGACCUUACUAUGGUGCCUUUGGAAUUGGAAUAUUAUAAGUCAUGUAAAAUACGCCACGAUUUAUGUAUCCUUAACCACCAUUGUAGCUUUACUGGAAGUUUUUGAUUUUCCUCCAGUUUUAUGGGUAUUUGAUGCGCAUUCCAUGUGGCAUUUAGCUACCGUACCAUUACCUUAUUUUAUAUACAAGUUUGCAAUUGAAGAUUGUCGAUAUUUACGAAGACAUACUCAUAGAUCAACUGUGGCCACAGUUGGAAGGUCAUAACUACGGCCAUUCGGUGCUUAAACUUGGAUUACGAAGCUGGUUGUUGAAAGAAAAAAUAAUAGAGUUGAAUUCUGUGAUAAAUAAAGGUGAUUUUGGAUAAAAGUUCAUGAGGAAAAAGUUAAUCUGAAUUUAUCUGGCACCAAAUUUUCUAAAACAAAAAACUACUUACUUGAUUUUGUAUAUGUACUUUGUAUAGUGUAGGUACUAUGUAUUUAUUCUCAAUGAUCAAUUAUUAACUAUGAUACUCUAGUGUUUUUUUGCGCUCAUGACAUUUUUUGCAUUGAAUUUUAUACUAAUGCCGAACUUAUCGAAAAUUCAUUUCGUUUUUUGUAUGAUGUAAAAUUGCUAUUUUUUUAUCAUUAUUACCUUUUCAUUUUUUUCGACCAUUCUUAUGUUUUCAAUUUUUAAAACGUAGUGUUACCAAAGCAGUGCUGAUCAUAAGAACUUUUUUUUUCUGAUGUUCUUUAGAUGUUAUAACUUAUUCGCUUGACGUUGUUAUUUAUGAAUGAGAUAUGAUUUCAAAUCAUAUUUUUUAUUACCAGUUUUGUUUAAGCUCAGUUAUUAUCAUUAUUAGUAAAUUUUUGUUAUGUUCAACUUGGUUAUUCAGGUUUCGAAAAUAUUUUAAACUCAAACGUUCUAAUUUAUGUUCAUUUUGUUUUAUAUUUUUUUUAAAUGACUCAUAUAACUUUGGGUAGCUUAAAAUAAUUCUGAAAAAUUUUCCAUUAAUGAUGAAGCUUCAUUUUGCAAUAUGAAAAUAAUACUUGUAUGUGUAAUCAGUACCUAGCCUACAGAUGAACAUGAACUUGAAGGUUUAAAACGAUCUCUGUUUCCUCUCUGGAACAGUCUUUUUAUUGCAAAUGAAAACGUGUUAUUAGUACUCUUUAUUUAUUAUUUUUAACUAUUAAUACUUUCAUAAAAAUGAACAAAUGUGAUAUGUUUAUAGCAUCCCUGAUGUUGCAGCGUUUUAUUGAAUUUUUAUUGCAUUUCUUGUUGUUUUAAUUAAAUUCAUAUAAUUUUUUGAAUGAUCUCGAGUAUGAAAAAAUGUUUUCAUUUUAGGUAUUUUGAAAGAGUUGUCAUUCAAUUUUUUCAAAUUUUGAAAAAUCUGCAGCAUUUAUUUUAAAUUAUUCAAACUUUUUAGCUGAUUUUUUUGUGCUUUAUUAUUGUAAUAAAGAAUUUUCUAGCUACCUAAA